AUCUGUGCAGAUGAGAGAGGAAACCACUGUAAACUAUUGAAACUGUUAAUAUGUCUGUUCUCUUCAGAGAAGUUUGAGGUUCUUGGUCCAACUGAUUCCAUUGUUGCUGUAGCUGGUGAUGACAUCAUUUUGCCCUGUUACCUCAAACCCAACAUCAGUGCUGAGGACAUGACAGUGGACUGGCUUAACCUGGACUUCUUAGACAGUCGUGUCUUUCGUUACCAAAACCACAGAAUCAUACGAGAGGAUCAGAUUCUCUUCUAUAGUGGAAGAACUUCACUGUAUGAAGAGGAACUAUGGAGGGGAAACACCUCUUUGAAACUGACCAGGGUACAAGGCACUGAUGAGGGACGUUACAAAUGCUUAAUUCAGUCAAAGAGCUGGUAUGAUGAUUUCACUGUUCAAGUCCUCGUUAAAGCUGUAGGAUCCAAGCCAGUGGUGUCCAUCGAGGGACACAGAGAGGGAGGGAUGGGUCUGCUGUGUGAAUCAGAAGGCUGGCACCCUGAGCCUGAGCUGGUGUGGCUGGACAGUAAAGGAGUCCAUCUCUCUGCUGGUCUUCCUGAGACACACAGAGACUUAGAUGGAUUCUACACAGUCAAACGACAUGUCAUUGUCCAGGAGACUGACACCAACCGCUUUACCUGCAGAGUCCAACAGAGCCGGAUCAAUGAGAAGAUGGAGACAGAGAUUCACCUCCCUAUUGUAGGAUCCAAGCCAGUGGUGUCCAUUGAGGGACACAGAGAGGGAGGGAUGGGUCUGCUGUGUGAAUCAGAAGGCUGGCACCCUGAGCCUGAGCUGGUGUGGCUGGACAGUAAAGGAGUCAAUCUCUCUGCUGGUCCUCCUGAGAUACACAGAGACUCCAAGGGAUUCUACAGAGUCAAACAACAUGUCAUUGUCCAGGAGACUGACACCAACCGCUUUACCUGCAGAGUCCAACAGAGCCGAAUCAAUGAGAAGAUGGAGACAGAGAUUCACCUCCCUAGUGAGUUGUUUGAUUACGCAACCCCAUUGAGAAUGGCCUUCAUUGUGUUAUGCUGUCUGGGAGCCGUCACUGUGAUUGGGUUAUCUCUGGCUGUCUACUGCAUACGUAAUAAGAAAGAUGUCCUCACUAGGAAGCUAGAUGACCUCUGGGACCAGAAUUAUGAACUCUGUGAACAGAAAUAUUACCUCACUGAGAAUCGAGAUGUCCUCAGGAAGGAGAAGGAAAUCCUGACUUCUCAGCUGGACUUUGAAACCAUCAGAAGACAUGAAGUGGAUGUGACUCUAGACCCUGAUACGGCACAUUGUAAACUCAUCCUGUCUGAUGACGGGAAACAAGUGAGACAUGGAGAACUAGAUCAGGUUCUCUCUGACAACGGGAAGAGGUUUACAAAUUGGUCCUGUGUCCUGGGAAAUGUGGGCUUCUCAGGGAAGUUCUACUAUGAGGUGAAGGUGGAGGGGAAGACUGAGUGGACUUUGGGGGUGGUCAUACAGUCCAUCAAUAGGAAUGAGAGGUCUAGACCGAUCCCUUAUAAUGGAUACUGGACUGUGGAGCUGAAGGAUGGAGAGUACACAGCUCAUGCUGAUUCCCCUGUCACCUUCACCCCGAGAGAGGAGCCCCAGAAGGUGGGGGUGUUUGUGGAUUAUGAGAAGAGACAGGUCUCCUUCUACAAUGUGGAGGACAGGUCUCAUAUCUACUCUUUCACUGACUGCUCCUUCACUGAGAAACUCUAUCCAUUCUUCAAUCCUGGUGAUUCAGAUAGUAUUUCACUGGUCGUCUGUCCUGUGGAUGCUACUGACUGACUGUUUUAAAUCAAACAGGGUGCAAUUGUUAUUUGUGAAAUGCUUGUUACUCUGCUAAUGUGCAGUAAAUAUACUGUAUAUAAUUUUAAAAAGUGCUGAACAAGUAGUUAUAUUGACAACAUCCGUCCGAGCUCAUUUAUGUCUUAAUGGAAAUUACGGAUUGUCUCUUAUCCGCUCCUCGUUCCCUUAUGCCAUAGUUUGUACAUCUCAAUUGUCAGUAGAAAACACGUUUAAACAAGUCAGCCAUAUGAGCAAUAUUUAAGAAGGCAGUAAAUUAGGCUCAAUGAACUGUUUCGCUGCCAGACAUGGCUCCGCUGAUAGCCAGGUGUAGCAGUGGUAAGGUGUUGGGACAGCUUUAUGUAGGCCCUAACAGUUUGUGGGCACCGUUUGUAACCGUUAAAGUGCAAUUAAUGUAUUGUUUAGUGUUGUAUAGUGGCUUUGCUGGCAUGCAUAAGAUUUACAUGCUAAAAUUGCAACUGGUUGUGUAACCUUUCUGCUGUGUGCUCCUACAUUUAGGUAACAAUGUAGCAACAGCACAAAAUAAGUGUUUAACAUAUUGAUCAUUUGAUAAUUAAAUGUUCUGAAAGAGUGUUUAAAAA